AUGAGACGGACUGCUGCUUUGGUGCUGCUGAGCACCAUUGCUCCCACUGGCACUAUCGCUGCUACUGAAAGCGCCCCCAGAGGAGUUGGGCCUGAAUUCGCAAAGUUCUACACCAACAAAGAAACCUUUACCUGCAUCAGCAACCCCUCCGUCGUCCUCCGCUCCUCCCAAGUCAACGACAACUCGUGCGACUGCCCCGAUGGCUCCGACGAGCCCGGCACCUCAGCAUGCUCGCACCUAGACCCUUUGUCUCCCGAGCAGCCCCUGCCCGGUUCCGUGACGGGCACCACCAACACCACGCGCGCCCUUCCCGGUUUCUGGUGUGAAAACAAGGGCCACAUCGGCGCCUACAUCCCCUUCAUGUACGUCAACGACGGCGUGUGCGAUCACGAACUGUGCUGCGACGGCACCGACGAGUCCCUGCACGUCGGCGGCACCAAGUGCGAGAACCGCUGCGCUUCUAUCGGGAAGGAGUACCGCCGUAUCGAAGAGGAGCGGAGACAGAGCAAGGAAAGGUCGGCCAAUCGGAGACGGACGCUCGUCAAGGAGGCGCGCGAGCUGCGCCGGAGAGUGGAAAACAAGGUUGCUACCCUCAAAGAGGAGUUGGCGAAUCUGGAGGUGCAGAAGGCGGAGCUGCAGAGGAAGUACGAUGAGGUUGAGCGGGCGGAGAGAGGCAAGGUGGUCAAGGCCGAGGGCGAGGGCGGUAAGCUCGGUGUCCUUGUGGGACUGGCGAAGAAGCGCGUCGAUGAGCUGAGGGAUACCCUCGACAAGGUGCUGGAUCAGCGCGAUGACUUGCAGGACCGGGUCGAGCAGCUGGAGGAUAUUCUGAGCAAGCUCAAAGAGGAGUAUAACCCCAACUUCAACGACGAGGGCGUCAAGGCGGCUGUUCAGGGGUACGAGAACUAUGCUGCUGGCAAGUCUACCUCUACCGACAAGAAGUCGGAGGUGGUUGAUGCCGAUGUUUUGGAGGUGCUCAAGGAGGAUGGACCCGAUUCGGGUAUUAACUGGGCUGAGUUCCAAGAGGAGGAGACGAGCGAUGCCGAUAUUGUCUACAAUCUAGAAGCCUACCUCCCCCCUUCCGUCCGCUCCUUCAUCCACUCCAAGAUCUCCUCCCUCAAGGUCUGGUUGAUCGAGAACGGCAUCCUCGCCGACAACCCGACCACGGGCGGACCCGUGGAAUCCAAGCUGGUCAUCGCCGCGCGCGAAGCCCUCGAGGCCGCGCGCGCCGAGCACACCACCAAGACCACUCAACUCUCCGACGAGGAGCGCGACCUGGCCAAGGACUACGGCCCGGACGACAUCUUCCGCGCGCUCAAGGGCCAGUGCGUGAGCUCCGACGUGGGCGAGUACGAGUACGAGCUGUGCUGGUUCGACCGCACCACGCAGAAAUCUAAGAAGGGCCACGGAAACACCAACAUGGGUAACUUUGAGCGGAUCACGACCGAGAUUGCCGAUGAGGAGGAUCGCGUGGAUGGAAAGGGACUUGGCAAGGGCCCGAGGAUGGUGCUCAGGUAUGAAAAUGGCCAGGGAUGCUGGAAUGGACCGCAGAGAUCGACGGCUGUGUGGUUGGCGUGUGCGGAGAAGGAUGAGCUCUGGAGGGUGAGCGAGAGUGAGAAGUGUGUGUAUAAGAUGGAGGUUGGUACCCCGGCGGCUUGUGAGGCUGUGGCGGCCGAGGUGGGGGCCGGGGCUAAGGGUCAUGAUGAGCUUUGA